AGGCUGUUGGGAGUGCACCUUUCAGGUAUAAAACCUGAUGGGAAACAGCACCAGAACAGGACCUCUGUCAAGAAAACGUGCACAGCAAUGGAUGGCAAAUCUGUUGCUGUCACUUUGGUUCUCUACUUGGUCGCAAUGGCAGGGUCAGAAGGUAAGGCCUUGGAGGAGACAGAUGAAAGAGGCUCCCAAUGCCAGUGCAUAAGCACUCAUUCCAAGUUCAUCCCUCCCAAGACUAUUCAGGAUGUGAGGUUAAGCCAAAGAGGACCUCACUGCAAACAUGUGGAAAUCAUAGCUACGCUGAGGGAUGGCAGGGAAGUGUGCGUGGAGCCCGCUGCGCCCUGGAUCCGGCUCACUGUAAAGGCUCUGCUGGCCAGGGCCAGGGACACUGUUGAGUCACCAGUCAAAGAAAAGUCAAGGAAGAAUAAACCUUGGAUUUCUGCAAGGUCAUGAAAUGAGAGAAAACAUUGCUGCUGAGAAUUCCAUGAUUUCUGAUGAGAAUGGCCCCUCUGCUACAUCACUACAAUUGAUUAUUUUUCUUUCCCUGAGAUGGUUGCUGAUUCAUGUUAUUUUCUUUGCUGUCGCUCUUUCUAAACUUCUCUCUGUGAUAGAUCAAGGAGUUCAAUGUUAAUGAAAGUGUUUAAGUGUUGUAAGGAUGAGAAUAAACAAGAUGAAGUUACUUACCCCUAAAUGGCCUGACUUAAACAGAGGCAGAAUGGAUAGAAUAAGCAAACACAUGAAAAAGCACAUAAUAAAGAAACUUCUGUGUAGCUUU